CAUGAACAAGAAUCACUACAUCUUGAAGACGUACUGCGAUAAAAUCUUUUUGGUCGGCUCCGGAAACUUUUGGUAUCAAAAAACGGAAUCUAGAAAUGACAAAACACUGCUUUACAAAAUUUAUAGCUGCGUUUUGUUUUUUACGUAUGGCUUCAUGACGGUGCUGGAGAUCAUGGCGGCGAUGAUGGGCGAUUUCCCGGAGGACGAAAAACGGGACUCCGUGACGUUUGCCACAAGCCACACCGUUGUUAUGAUUAAAUUUAUUUCCAUAAUAAAAAACAAAGAGCUCUUGAAAACGCUGAAUCGUAAGAUGAUGAUGAUUUGCGAGGCUCACGAGGAACAAACGCUGAUGGACGAGAUGUAUCGGACCGUGAAAAUAAAUGUUGUCGCUUAUUGUGUCGCGGUUUAUGGUUCAGCCACGUUUUACGUGUUUGAAGGUUUGAGAAAAUUUUAUAAUGGUUCUCACUUCGUCACUAUAGUCACAUAUUACCCAUCUAACGAUGACGAUACAUUAGCGGCAACCAUUGUCCGAAUUGCCACCACACUAGUCUUACUGAUGAUGUUGCUGACUAUGAUUAUAUCAGUUGAUACGUACACAAUGGCGUAUUUAAUAAUGUACAAAUAUAAAUUCAUAACGUUGAGGCACUAUUUCAAAAGAUUAAGGGAGAAUGUAGAUGAGCUUGUAGCGGCUGGGAAGGCGAGAUUGGCUGCUGAGAAAUUGGCUCAAGGACUUGUCGAGGGUAUCAAAAUGCAUAAUGAAUUGUUAAGUUUAUCAAAAGACAUCCACAAAGCGUUCGGGACAGUAAUGGCGUUACAGCUCUGUCAGAGUUCGGGCUCGGCGGUCUCGCUACUACUUCAAAUUGCCGUAAGUAAUACAAUUGUUACGCUUGUCUUCACUUGCCCACGACUUUUUCUACUGAUUUUCCAGAGGGAUAGCGUUAUUUGCCUUGAAAACGUUAACGUCGUUUCCUUAGAGAUUUUUGCUUGCGCGAUAGAAACUGGCAAAAACGCUCCGUUCGUUAUUUAUAUAAAUGUGAUAUUCUGCUUCAGUUUAUCAAAAGACAUCCACAAAGCGUUCGGGACAGUAAUGGCGUUACAGCUCUGUCAGAGUUCGGGCUCGGCGGUCUCGCUACUACUUCAAAUUGCCGCAUCGUUGCUAUCAGAUGAGAUAUUCUACUGUGGUUGGCACAAGUGCAAUUCGCCAGUUUUAUCGACUCAAAGGAAUAUCAGAGAUAUCGUCUUGAUUGCAAUUCUGCGAGCCCAAAGCCCACUGGUUAUGAAAGCCUUUAAAAUGGUAGAAUUAACUUACGCCACGUUUAUAUUGGUGGUGAGGAGUACGUAUUCGGUGUUCGCUUUGUUUUACGCGCAGAAUAAGUAGCUCGAUUCAUUUUUGUUAUUAAAGAAUUAUGAGAUGUGUU